GGUGUCCGAUCCAAUGCGGAGCACCCAGAAGCACGAGUCUAAGUCAGUUGCGGAGGGAAUUACACACGGAGAGUCUGAUACCCUUCCUUUCUUGUAUAAAACCUUCUUUGCUCUUUUCUUCCCGCUCUUUGUUCGUUUUUUCUAAAAGCGCCGCCAGCCUUUUCCUCCUGCCAUAUUCUUCGGCUGCGUCAAUCAGUUGAUUUUGAUUAAGAAGCAUAAUUGUGGAUUUAGGGUUCUGAUUGACAGGACAGUUGCUCGUUCUCAUCCCCUUAUUUCUGUAAAAAGUUAUGAUCAAACAUUUCCAGUCCUCAGCAACCAAAACUUGGCCAAUACACUCACUUAUACGCCAAACAGUUCCUUUGGUUUCUGUCCCUCGAUGGAGUUAUCAAUCGGAAGCUGUGUUGUUAGCUGACGAAGGAGAUAUCUAUGUAAGUCGUCCUGCCAAGUUUGAUUCUUACGCUUAUGCACGAGCAUUUCAGGAAUGCAUCAACCAAGGGAACCACGUCAGGGGAAAAGCUGUUCAUGGGCAUUCCUUGAAGUCUGGGGACUGUUUGGACUUGUUCUGCCUUAACAUCUUGCUUAACAUGUAUGCAAAAUUUGAUGUUGUUGAUGAGUCAUGCAAGCUGUUUGCAGAAAUGCCAACGAGAAAUAUGGUUUCUUUUGUCACCUUAAUUCAGGCUCUCACAAAGUGUGGCCGGCUUCUAGAAGCAUCCCAGCUUUUUAGAAGGCUUCAUAAAGAAGGCCACGAGCUUAACCAGUUUGUUUUCACAACAGUUCUAAAGCUCUCUGUUAUCAUGGAGUUGCCAGAAUUUGGUUGGUGUGUGCAUGCUUCCAUUUCUAAACUUGGACAUGAGUCCAAUGUAUAUGUUGGUGCUGCUUUACUUGAUACUUAUUCAUUUUCUGGUCAUGUUUUUGAUGCAAAGAAGGUGUUUGAUGGAAUAGUUGGAAAAGACAUUGUUGCCUGGACGGGGAUGAUUUCUUGCUAUGCUGAUAAUGCCUGUGCUGAGGAUGCCUUGCAACUUUACUCUGGGAUGAUCAUGGUCGGAUUGAAACCAAACAACUUUACACUCACUAGUCUGAUCAAAGCAGCCGCCUCUCUUUCAUCAGUGGCAUUGGGAAAGACCCUCCAUGGCUAUUCAAUCAAAACUAGCUAUACUUUGGAUCCUUAUGUUUGUGGUUCUCUGCUUGAUAUCUAUGCCAAAUAUGGGGAUAUUGAGGAUGCAAGGGCGGUCUUUGAGGCAGUUCCACAGAAUGAUGUAAUUCUUUGGAGUUUUAUGAUUGCACGGUAUGCACAAGCUGAUCAAAAUGAAGAGGCAUUGUCACUUUUCAGGCAGAUGAUGCAUGCCUCAAUAGAGCCCAAUGAAUACAGUUUUUCUAGUGUUUUACAAGUAUGUGCCAAUAUUAGAGGCUUGAAUAUGGGUAGGCAAAUCCACAGUCAUGUUGUUAAGAUGGGUUUAGAUUCAGAGUUUUUUGUUGUGAAUGCUUUGAUGAAUGUUUAUGCCAAAUGUGGGAAUUUGGAGGCUUCAAUGGAGAUCUUCUCUUGCUUGUCCAAUGGGAAUGAUGUGAGUUGGAAUACCCUUAUUGUCGGUUAUACUCAACAAGGCUUUGGGGAGGAUGCACUAAGGCUCUUUUAUCAGAUGCAUAUUGCUCAAGUACCAAAAACACAAGUCACCUAUUCUAGUGCACUUCAAGCUUGUGCAAUUAUAGCUUCUGUUGAGCAAGCUAGGCAGAUCCAUUCAUUGAUUUCAAAGACUAACCUUAGUGAUGAUGUUGUUGUUAGUAAUUCUCUGAUAGAUUCAUAUGCCAAAUGUGGGAACAUUAAAGAUGCCCGUAAAGUCUUUGAUGCAAUGAUAGAACAUGAUUUGAUUUCUUGGAAUACCAUGAUCUGUGGAUAUGCAGCACAUAGUCUUGGUAACGAUGCUUUAAGCCUGUUCCAUCAAAUGAAGGAACACAAUAUUAAGCCCAACAGUGUGACUUUUGUAGGUGUCUUGUCUGCAUGCAGUAAUGUGGGUUUAGUGCACCAUGGUUUAAAUUAUUUUAAUUCUAUGAGUGAGGAAUAUUGCAUCAAUCCUUCUAUGGAGCAUUAUGCUUGCAUGGUGAGGCUUUUAGGUCGUUCAGGUCUUUUGAAUGAUGCUAUGGAAUUUAUCGACCAGAUGCCUGUAGAACCUAAUGUCAUGGUCUGGCGUGCACUGCUAGGUGCUUGUUUGGUGCACAAGAAUAUCCAUUUAGGGAGCCUAUGUGCAGAAAAGGUGCUUGAGAUCGAUCCUCAGGAUGAGACAACAUAUGUCUUGAUGUCAAACUUGUAUGCUUCAGGAAGAAGUUGGGAACAUGUAGCCCUUGUCAGGAAAUCCAUGAGAGCUAAAGGAGUAAAGAAGGAACCUGGUUGUAGUUGGAUUGAAAUUCAAAGUGAAAUUCAUUCUUUUUGUAUGGGAGACAACUCACACCCUGAUACAAGGUUGAUCCAUGCAAUGCUAGAAUGGCUAAAUGUUAAAGUUAACAGAGCUGGAUAUAUUUCCAAUGUUAAUGUGGUCUUGCAUGAUAUUGAUGAUGAUCAAAAGGAGCGUUUGGUGUGGGUGCAUAGUGAGAGGUUAGCCUUGGCUUUUGGGCUCAUAAAAUUGCGACCAGGAAGCCGAAUUUGUAUAAUUAAGAACCUGCGGUUUUGCCAAGAUUGCCAUGCUGUUUUCAAAGAAAUAUCUAAAAUUAUUCAGCGCCAAAUCACUGUAAGAGAUAUCAACCGCUUUCAUCAUUUUGAGGAUGGAAUUUGCUCCUGUGGUGAUUAUUGGUGAUGCUUUAUUAAUUUAUUUUCUCCGAGGAUAUUAGCAGUUGCAGAUGAGAAUAUGAAAACUUAGUAUGGUAUGGAUAAUUAUGGCUGCCCAUCAAAGGAGAAGUAACAUGAUAAGGGUGUAAAGUACACCUUUGUGCUAGCUUUGGUGCUUGCAACACAGAUACCUGUCAGAAGAUAUUCUCUUGAUUAUACGCUGUCGAAAUAUCAACCAUCAAAUGAAGUUCUGUUCUUUGUUCAUGGAAGAUUUCAGGAGACUUCAGAAUUUGUGCCACCUACUCUGAUCGAGAUGCUUCCAAUGUCACCAUGAUGGUCCCAUGAACUACUUUUGCUGCCAAAUUAGCCGCUUUACGGUGUGCCUAUGCAGUGCUUAAGACUUGAAGGGAGAAAUUAUUGCUUAUGCACAUUCUAAUCCUCUUAUAUUGCCCACAGAAGUCAUCAUCAAGCUUUGUUUCACAGGAAAAGCAACUAUCAAGCUUUGAUUCACUUCGAAUAAUUAUUGUUGGUUCAGUCAUGAUUCAAUGCACCCCAACUGGAUAUCUAUAGUUGCAAUAGCUGUUUCUGUUCAUCCAUCCUGCAACAUUUUGGUUAGAGAAGCAAGCCAUAUGAAGAAUCCAGUCACGAAGAUAAACAAGGUGAUUGCUUGCCCGCAAAGCACAUUGCUUAGUAAUCACUCAAAAGCAUGCCGUUGAGUCUUCAGGAGCAUCUCCAAGCAGCCUGACCCCUCGAAAGCUCAAAUGUUUAUGUCCUAUCUACAAGGUCUAUUCGUAGAUUCAUGCAUCUCAAACUAGUUUCUGAGCUCAUUGAGGACAUUUGCAACUAUGAGGACCUACCACCUCAAUCAUUGACAGAAUCUGUAGUGUCUAGAAAUCACAAUCAAAUGUUAUAAGCUCUUGGUGCUGCCUUUCUUCUACUAUGGACAUCUGCUAACAGUAAGUUGAUACGGCCAGACUUGUGUGUUUUUGACAUUGACGAUUCCCCCAAGGAUCGUGGGCCAAUUGGUAGCUAGAUGUCCCAAUGAAUGGAGAACUCAUUAAGAUAAGAUUGACAAUCUGUGGAUUGCACAUUAAUGAACAAGUAUAUAUAUAUAUAAAUAUAUAUAAAAUUGAAAUGGGGGAUUCAAAUGGAGUUGGAAGACAGAGGAAACACGAGGCAUGUGGGAAUCAGGCAUCCAUCUGUUUCAAGGACAGCCCAUGCCUGCAUGAGGACAUGGUGCCAUUAAAUCUAUUGUCACCCUCCUCUCCCUCGACAGGGUCACGUCCUGCACCAUGCAGCCAUGCUCCACAACAAAAUUUCUAUCUAUUAAAGAAACGCAUCCCUUGAAGAAGAGAUCAGCAAGGUAUUUCUGAUGGGAGAUCUUCCAGUUAUUUGGUCGCAAGCAACGGUUGGUCCUCUAACUUAAACACGAACCUGAUCGAGAACACUCUCAUGGUGGAAUUAAUCAAUGCAUGGAUGCCAACAUAUGGGGCCGGGUUGGUGUCGAUCUUAUCUUUUUGGCUUCCAAAGUAACAGGACGAGCCAUGUAUGAACUGAUUCCUACCGUCUAUUACCUGUAGCCUCGACAAGCCUUGUCUUUGGCAUCAUUUGCUGCUCGCUGGCAAUUUCCAUGGCCGUGCUCCUGCCGUAGCUGACAACUUUACUCAGGACAAGCGAAAGCAUGACAUUUCUUGUUGGGUUAGAUCCCUUUGACAUCACUUAUUAGAGUCAAGAUUUAGCAUCAUUUGCUUGCUCCAACAUUAUAAAGAAAUCAAUCGAUCAUGGGUAGGAUAUUGUAGAAUUUCACCCCUAAUCAAAUAAGAUACAUGUUAUUCCUCGUGC